AACACGGAAACGGACAGUUUUCCGUCGCAGCCGUGCAGCGUCGCUAAGUUCUUGUUACUAGUUUCAGUGCAUAAAUUCGAUGUUUGCAUUUAAUACGAAACGGAGAUAUAUGUAAAAGGAGUAUAAUAUUUCCACGCACCGCUUGGCUCGGCGUCGGCGGGGAAACGGUGCGUCCGGCCGGAGGUUUUGGGAGAGGCCGAGGCCGCGGAGGCGCGACGCCGACAUGGCCGGGUCGGGGAGCGCGAAGGGCGGCCUGCUGAGCGACGGAAGCGGCCUCCUGGGAGGGCGGACCCCCGCGGAGGUGGAGAGCAUGGCGAGACUGCUGAGGGAGCUGGAGAAAGAGAAAGAGCUGUUCAGGAAGCUGCUGAAAGUGGCGGUGAGCGCGAUGGAGGGCAAAGACUGCAGAGAGGCGAUGAGGGCGAUCGCACAGAGCAGCACCGUUCCUCAGGAACAUCUGAGCCAGAUCGUGGCUGGGAUGUACAGCCUUUUAAAGGGGGCUCUGCGCCUCCCAGUGUCAUCCCUCAAACAGGAGGUCUUCAAAGAGGAGCUCAGAGAACUCAGGAUUUCAGAGGAAUUCGUCACAGAUUUUGCCAGUGUCGUGUUUGGAAACAGGCGGAUGGCUCUAGAAGCUGCUACCAAGGGUCAGGGUCCCCGGCUGCCUACUGUGGAGGACCUCCGGUGGAGAGUGGACGUGGCCAUCUCGACAAGCUCCCUGGUUCGAGCCCUUCAGCCUUCCAUUCUGAUGCAGAUGAAGUUGUCUGACGGAAGAACCCAUCAGUUUGAGGUUCCUGUUUCCAAAUUCCAGGAACUGCGCUACAACGUUGCCUUAAUUCUGAAGGAAAUGAAUGACUUGGAGAAGAGGAGCAUUUUGAAGAUCCAGGACUAAUUGUCUGACUCUUAUGUCACUGCCCCCUAGCUGUGUGGAGGACUUUUUUUUUAUUUAAAUAAACUGUGAUGAAGGUUCUGCCCUCCGGCUUGCAGUCAUUCGGUUUUACAGAGGUCACGGGGUCCCAUGUUCAUGAGAACAGCGUAGAUACAGGUACUCUCAUUGUAUCAGCGAGAGAUAUAAUCUCUGCACGGUGACCACACCAGGAUGACAGAACGGAGCCACACAGCCACUUGAUAACAUGUCAUGCCUAUGAAAUACUCAGUAUCCCACACAUCACCUGAUUGUUUUUUCCAUAGUUAAAUAUCAGAUUGCUGGGUGCCUAUAUAAAUAAUGCCAUGUUUUUUGUCAUAGUUCAUUCCACUAAAAAUUUCUAAUCAUGCAACUGUAUCAUGUGCUUCAUUAUGUCACUAUUGCGCCAAGUGUUAUGUGGUAGAAAGUCUGUGAAGGAAGGUCUUUGGGAGUUCACGUGGUAAAGGCGCCGAACUCAGAUGCAUCACCAGCAGGGCAAAACCUCUGAGUCACUGCAG